CAACAAAAGAGAACUUGAGAGCAUUUUAAAGCUAUUUAAUCAAUUUUCUACCACAUUCCUUCAAUUUUCCACUUUAAAAUUGUUCACAAAGCUGGUAAUGUUUGGCGGCUUUAAUCAACAACAAAAUUUUAACGCACAAAAGGGUCACACUUCAAACGCAUCGAAUUUAGUUGCUGUUGUUGGUGGAUCUGCCGGUGCUCCCAUUGCCAUUGCAAAUAACCCAAAUUCUGUUCCUGCAGCUGUCGGUAAAAAGAAGAGAAAAUAUCGUUUGCCGAAGAAAGUGCGACAAAAACUGAAACAGGCGAAAAUUGCGGGAACUGUUCGUCCUGUCGAGCAAAAUAUGCCACAAAAUCCGGCAAAUCGCGUCAAUUUGCCAUUUGAACAUCCAAACGUGAGUCGAAAUCUGAAUCAAAAUGUGCCGAGCCCGAUGUUGGAAGGACAGAUGAAACCAAACCUCUUGCAACAGGAAAGAAUUCCAGUUAAUUUUAAUUUUAUUGCACUUCCCAAAGUCAUUCACAUGAACGUCGGCACAACAAUCUACUUAGACACGUUCAGCAAAAAAAUCUACGAACCCGGAAAGACCGAUUUUGACCGACAAUUGAUGAAAAGCUGCGACUCGUGGCACCAAUUCGUCAUCCAUCACAAUGGAAAAUUCACGAAAAAAGAAAUCUUGGCGGCACUUUUCACCUUAAUUCCACGUGACGAAAUUUUUCCCAUCGGAUAUCGGCAAUACGACCUUCACGACGUCUUUUUACUGACAAGUUCUGAUUCUGCCGGCAUCGAAACCCUUUUUAAGAACAAUCUGAAGCUGCAAAUUCGCGACACGGAGGUUUGUAUCAGCGUUCAACUGGGCGCCGCUAAAAUUUGUCACGGGCAGGUCCAUCCAAAGGCGCAAAUUAUUCUCGUUUGCUCGGAAUUGCUGCAAAAUGCGACGUUGCAUGGCAGUAAUUAUUGCGUCAACUUGGAAGGGUUCGAGAAAAAUCCCGCAUUUUCGGAAGUUUGCAUCUCGUUUGCCAAUAAAACGCAUUUAGUGACUGUUUUUAAAGCCCUGAUCGAUCACGAACAGUCGAAAUUCAUCAAAGGCAUGAAAUUCGUGAAUUGUGGCCUCAGAAAUCUCGAUUCGUUCCGUUAUUUGGAGAGAUUUCCCAAACUUGAGUAUUUAGAUCUUCGUAACAAUCACCUCGAAAGUUUCAUUGAACUUAAACACUUGGAAAAAUUAAAUUUAACUCAUUUGGACGUCGCGGGAAAUCCUUUCGUGGAAAAAGAUGAAAUAACCAUGUUACAAGAGCGAAUCAAACGAAUGUUGCCAACUCUCAAAAUCCUCGAUGGACUCGAACUGCUGAUUCGUCCAAAGCUGGAACCGGGUUUGUUGCCGGGCGAUGACAUGACUCUCGAUAUUAUGCUGGAUGGCGAUCAAAUAACCGCCAAUGACGACUUUAAUGCGGUCAAUGCGGUUUUUAAGCAACGCUACCGAAAUUCUUCUUACUGGCAUAGAGUCACAGUUUUCCAUCAAGGGCAAUACAGUAAGAAGCAAGUUGUCUCAAAACUCUUGGCGCUCGUGGAAAAUAACGAUUUGUGGCCUUGUUACUACUCCACGAUGGAAACUUACGACGAAUUUUAUGUCCACAAUAAUUUUGAGGCGUUGGAAAUUCUUGUGCGGAAUAAAUUGUUCAUUAAAUCGACGAUGAAUGAAGCUCCGUUGCAGUUGAUGUUGACUAUGAAUGUGUCGCCUUAUAAGAUUGGGCAAGUGGAUGUGCUGGAGAAAAUUCAAAGAACUUGUUUGGAGAGCUUGAACAACAAAAUUUUGAAUCUUAGUGGCUUGGCUGAUAGGGAAAUUUUCAGCAACGUUGUGAUCGACAUGUCAUCCCCCCGAGUCGUCUCCCAAAUAAUUCUCUUUGCCUCACGCAAAGUCAGUACUCACUGUACCGGCAUCAACUUAAGCAACAACGGAAUCACCUCCUGCGCCGGCAUGUUCCCUCUUUGCUGGUUCCCGAAACUCGAAUAUCUCAAUUUGCGCAACAACCAAAUCGAGACCUUUGAACGUCUUUGUGGCAUUCCGCAGCCCUGCAAAGUUUCGCAAGUGAUUCUCGAGGGAAAUCCCCUGUGCAAUUGCUCGCUUUUCGCCUACAUCAAAAAUGCAAAGCAGUAUUUUCCCGAAUUGAAGACCUUGGAUGGCGCUUCUGUGACUUCCGAUCGGAUUUUGUUGGGACGCCAAAAUUAUCUCUGCAAGCCGGAGGCAUAUUCCUUCGUUGAAGCGUUCGUUCAGCAUUAUUUCACGUUGUACGACUCGAAUCAAAAGGACUUGUUGAAGGAACUUUAUUUGGAUAAGGCAAUUUUCACGUUGAGUUGCAAUUUUGACGUAAAUCGCAGCAAGGAGGUGUCCCGAAUGUCGAAAUACACGAGCAAGGCACGAAAUAUCAUUCGAUUGGUGAAUUUGGAUCAAUCGAUGCGGAACGUCUUUGUGGGCCCGGAUGAAAUUAUCAAGACAAUUAUCGACUUGCACUCGACGGAACACAAUUUCCUGACUUUUUGCAUCGAUUGUCCGAUUCACACGAAAAAUUUCAGCGUCAUAACGGUCGAUGGCAUUUUCAAGGACAAACCGAUGCAAUUUUUGGAAGAUGAAUUUUUCAUUCAUUUUACGAGGACUUUUACGCUUCGUUCGUGCGGCAAUGGCAUGGGAGUUUGUGGCGUUUCGCAGCAGUUUAAAAUUCAAAAUGAUUUGCUGCUCGUGCGAAAUGUCAGUACGCUCGAGAAAAUUAGUGCUGUGGAAGAAAUGCCGCGAGAUGACGAAAUGAACGAGGAAAUGAAGGAAAGUGAGAAAGAAAAUUUGAUUGUGGUCUUUCAGAAAAUGACGAGUUUGAAUAGAAAAUGGUGCACGCGCUUUUUGGAAGACGCAAAUUGGAAUUUCAAGUUGGGAUUGACACUUUUCGUCAAAUUAUUGGAAGACAGUAAAAUACCGGAAAAUGCUUUUGUGAAAUUUUGAUCACUUUCUUCAAUUGAAAUUUAAUAAA